AUGCGCCGAUUUCUCCGAAUAAGAUUAAUACAUGCAGGCGGGGCGGGGGACACUGCGGCUAAUGACACGACGCUGCAGAUAUUUUUUAUCGCGAAUUUAAAACAAACUGGUUGCGGCAGCAGCCCCGGCCCCACUGCACCUUUCCUUGCGCCUGCGUCCAUCGUCAGUCCGCGCGCAGCCGCCGGCGUAGACGCACGUUGGCCGAGCGAUGUCGUAGGCCCCAUGGUGUACCCCGAGGCGUCCCGCUGGGGAGCGCCCGACUCGCUAGCGCCCCUCUACGAUGACGUCUACCGAGAUAUCUCAUCCGCAGCGGAUGGAGUCAUCUCAACGGUAAAUGUAGUGGAGGCAUUGCAAGAGUUUUGGCAAAUGAAGGCGUCGAGAAAUGGCGGUACAGGGAGCAGUGGUGCGCUCGUGAUCUACGAGUCUGUGCCGGCCGCUCACCCCCCAUACGUCUGCUAUGUGACGUUGCCGGGCGGCGCCUGUUUUGGCAGUUUUCAGAAUAGUCCUACAAAAGCUGAGGCUCGCCGCAGCGCUGCAAAAAUCGCGCUCAUGAACAGUGUAUUCAACGAGCAUGAGUCGCGGCGCAUAUCAGAGCACUUUAUCGAGAAAGCGGUGGCGGAAGCACGCGCGUCCUUCGCCGGGGAUGCUGCGACACAUAAACAAGACCCUAAUGCCGGAAUUGCCGCCUUUAGAUUUAUGCUGGAAGCAAACAAAGAUCGCACCAUGUUAGAGUUCCAAGAACUGAUGACAGUAUUCCAGCUUUUGCAUUGGAAUGGAUCGCUCAGAGCGAUGCGGGAGCGACAGUGUUCGAGGCAGGAGGUCGUCGCGCACUACUCGGCACGAGCUUUGGACGAUGCGAUGCGUGAGCAGAUGGCGCGUGAGUGGGCUUCGCGAGAGCGGGAGGCUGUGGCCAAGGGAGGAGGGGUUCUUCGCAACGAGCUCGCGCGAGCGGAGCGUGAACUUCGAGCAGCGAGGGUCGCGGCUCGCGAAUUACGCUUCCCCAAGGAGAAACGCGAUAUCCUCCUCUUGGCCCUCCGCCUCGCCCCCCCGCAGCAGCAACAG